GACUUCAAUUACAUAACAUCUUAUCAAAGAUUCUCUAAUUAUUAUUUUUUUCUUUUUUUCUGUAAUUUUUUUCGGAUCUAGACCCCAAUUUUAUAUAUUUUUUCGUUUAUAAUUUACUUUAUCUUUUAAUUUUUUAAAUAAUUUAAUAGAACUCUCAUCCAUAAAAUACACCAAAACUUUAAAUUUAUUGGUUAAAUUAUUUGGAAUAAUUUCAAAUUUUGAAAAGUGUUAAAUUUGUAAUUAUUACACCAUGUUCUUCUGGAUUUUACAUGAAUAUCUUUGGACCUAAAGCCAAAGAGUCCUUUAUUGGUACCAAGUUCCGAUUUUGAAAUUUGUUGAAAGAGUUCCACUUGAAGCGUUGUUCAAAUCAUGGAUGGACAUGAUUCAGAAGAUCCAAAACAAAGCACCGCUGAUAUGACUGUUUUUGUGCAAAAUCUUCUUCAGCAGAUGCAAACUAGGUUCCAGACAAUGUCCAACUCCAUCAUUUCAAAGAAUAUCGAUAUGGGAGGCCGUAUAAAUGAGUUGGAGCAAAGCAUCAAUGACCUAAGAGCAGAGAUGGGAGUGGAGAGCUCUCCAUCACCUGUGGCCCCUGCUAAGCCAGAGGUAGAAGAGUCAAACAAAGAAGGUUCAGCAUAAGUAGCAUACAACUACCUUAUUUGUUGUCUUAUGAUACAUCAUGAUUUGGUCCUGUAUCUUGUGAGUGUAGAAUUGAUUCAGAGUUCAGAUACUUGUCAUGGAACAUGAGUGCACUCUCUUUUGUAGCCAAAGUUCGUCUUUCUGUUAAAUUAUAGUACUGCUGAUUAAUUUUUCUUUUUCUGAUUUGAAUUAAACUGGUUACUAUUAAUGGAGGGAAAUUUGUUAUAUUA